UCAACAGGGGUCGAGAUACUAGGUUGCCAACGACUCCACCAAGAUUCCACAUUUGCGAUCUAAUGAAAAAGUUUGAGGCCUGUCAACGCUCUGGAUGAAACCAUAGAGGUGUCCAAGUUCUAGGUGAACCGCAUGGCAGGUUGUCGCACGCCCCCUCGGGGGUCCAAACCGUAUAGAGAAGGUGGCACAGCAUCGACGGCUAUCACUGGCAGUUGGUGGGCCAUGAAGCUCUAGAGGCUAUGCUAUGUAUAUCCAGAUGAAGAGCUUCCAUCUGAUAAAAGGAUCCAGAUUCGCCAAACGAUUUUUUGAGAAUCGGCAAGAAUUGGAUCACCACAACUAUUCUUUCUCCAUCUCCAAGUGAAGCCACCAUGCCAUCUGCUGUGGAACUUGAAUCGCUGGCCGUCGAGGUCCCUGAGACCCAGGCCAAGCUGAACUCGACCUCUUCCACCCCUCCUCUUCCUGUUACUGUUCCUUCAGUUUCUCUCACCACUGGCGUAGAUGCAGCCGCUCUUCAGACAGCGUCCAAGAUUCUUCACAUCAUAGACCGGUAUCGUCUGAAACGGUCGGUAGACACCGCUGCCAAAGCUGAUGAGGGAGCCUUGAAGUUUCUCGCCCUCAUUUACACUCAUGUCAAAGCCGGCGAUGUCGUACCCAUGUGCCUGCCCGCCUUUCCCUUCAAGUCACCAAACUCUCAGUCCAAAGUGUUGGGCAAGCUGCCUGAUCGAGCAGAGGAGCUGGCUCUGGCACAUCUCAACGGCCUUUGUCUAGCUAUUCAAGACAUCUACCCUCCAGGGGCAAACCUCACCAUCAUCUCAGAUGGCCUGGUAUACAAUGAUCUGCUCGGCGUCCCAGACAAAGAUGUGUGGAACUACGGCGAAACACUGAGAGCUCUAGCCGCAGCAAAGGGGUACAAACAUAUUUCCUUCUCACGUCUUCGAGAUCUUGUAACAAUUCAGUUGCCAGAGCAGCUCGACGAAAUGACAUAUGUCGCAAACGCAUCGAACUUCCGACGAGCAUUGCUCAAUACCUUCAGCCGACCCGACUGGGAAUGGAAGACUGUUAGCCAGAGCGAAGAUGUCUGCUUGACGUAUAGAGGAUACAUCAAGUUCUUGGAGACGGAUCUUGAGACUGUGUAUCCAAUUGGGGAUGAGCGCAGCAAGACCAAGUAUAAGCGAGGUAUCGAAUACAUUGCCAAGCAGAUGAUGGCCCGUGGAGAUGCAUUCGCCAGCGCAGUUCGACAAAAAUACAAAGACUCGGUCCGACUGUCGAUACAUCCAUCUACUGGGGCAGCCAAGCUGUCCAUCAGCUUAUUACCCACCGACACCACGUACACAACACCUUGGCAUUGCGCGGUCGCAUAUAGACUAGAUGGCACUACGACUACCGGCAUGCGGUCCGAUUUCGAGAAUGACGAGUCAUUCGAACUCGUCUACGAAAACGGCCGACCCAGCUAUUACCGCGAGAAAUCAGAUCUAUUUUCGUGGGGCGCUGAGAAAGGUGGCGUUGUCUUUGAGCCAUUGUAUCCAUCUGGAUUCCUCGCCAAGCCUGCAAGGGGUCCCUAUAGCAUGACAAUAGACGACGUGGAUGCCAAAAAGGUUCGCCUAUUAUCGGAGAUCAACUCUCCUGUAAUCCUUCGUGGUUUCAUUAAGAAGCCGAACAAGGAACAAUUCGCCAAAAAAUCAGAAGAGUUUGGCAAACCCACAGCUUGGAAGUUUGGCCUCAUCCUGGAAGUCAAGGAUCAAGGGACGAACAGCUCGGGUCUUAAUAAUGUGCUCUCUCGCGAGUGGAUGCCUUGGCACUAUGAUGGUUUGUUCAAAACCGUCAAGCAAGUGGAUGAGAGCGGUGAGGAGACUCUUGUCUCAACACCACCUCGAUUCCAGAUCUUUGUUGGAGCUACUUCGAGCCCCCGUGAUACGGGAUUUACGCUCUUUGCAUCGUCUACGCUUUUCCUCAAGUAUCUUCCAGACUGGCUGAGGCUCGGAGCGCUGUCGGAGAUGACUUGGACGGUUUCAACAGCCUCCUUUAAUGCAACCGUGCUCAAAGGUCUUCCAAUGAUCGUAUCCCACCCAACGACAGGAAAGCCGUGUCUCAGGUAUCACGAGCCGUGGCCUCAGUCUAAGACCCAGUUCGAGCCCACGAACGUCACCAUUGACGGGCUAAAAGCUGCUGACAGUUCGGCGAUCUGCGAGGCCAUCGACUCGGUCCUUCACGACAGAAGAGUGGCCUACUAUCAUGUCUGGGACAAGGGAGACAUUGUGGUGAGCGACAAUAUCCUGAUGAUGCACACGCGGAGUGACUUUAACUCCGGAAGUGAUCGGGAGCUCUGGCGGAUCCAUUUUGACUAAGUGAGGAUGCUUGGCGCAUUAGAGUUGUUUUUUCCACAGGCAGAGGGUUUGUCUGUAUUGCAUUGGUGUUAGCACUUUGAUUCCAGGUUAAUUUACCAUACAUAGCAAGUCUCAAUAUGAUUGCAUUACCAG